AAAGUAUCAGUUUUUUUGUCUUUGUUUAGAUAUCUUUUGGACCAUAUCUUUUGACUAUGUCAAAUCCGUCGAAAUCCACCAAAUUGCGCUUCGCUCUCAUUACAGAGGAGGCGCUGGAGAAAUUGCGUCCGCGCUCCCAGUCGCCAACACAACAGCCGAAGGAAAUGGGCGAACUCAUCGCCAUAAUUCACAACACUGUGAACCAAUUGCUGGAUCAGAAGCUGAAGGAACUUAAUCUAGAUCAUCUGAUUGAAAUGAAGAUAAACGCUUUGUGCGAACGCGAACGCGCCCGCUAUGCCGCACAAUUGCACACGAUGGCCGCUCCGCCCCCGAUGGAAAUGGGAAAAGUUGAAACCGAGGAUAGUGGCAUGAAAAUACAAAAUGCCAUAUCCGUCAAGUCGAAAAAUUUGCGGCUACGCAAGGAUAAAAAAAUUGAUCUACUUCCGCAAACGUGCAAGCAAUUGCCACUGAAGGCAAUGAUUCAAAAGCAACAGCAACAUCAACAGCAGCAGUCGACCAGAUCCAGGCCCAAAAAAGUAAUCCCAACAGUGCCAGCGCCAGUUCCCAGGAAUCAGGCUUACCAUCUUCCCAAAACCAACAACGAUCCGUCUAUUUUGACAGUCGCUGCCAAGUAUUUGGAGGACAUAAAUGAGUCUCGCCGCCACAGUUGGCUCAACUGAAAACAAAUCCAAGGAUAUCAUCAAAUUGGCAGGCAAUCGACCACAUACUACUUGCUGGUUUUCCACCAUCAUUAAACACGAAUCACAUAUUGUGGAGUUUUGGAGUUCGACGAGAUGUUUUUAUCAAAUAUAUGCAUUUAGUAUUUAUCUUCGUAAAGCA